AUGGCGCCUCAACUAGUCUGGCUCAUCACAGGAACUACGUCUGGGCUAGGACGAGAACUUGCUCUCGAAGCUCUCAAGCGUGGAGACAAAGUCAUCGCGACAGGUCGUGCGCGUUCCAUGGCGAAGCUCGCCGAUCUCCAAGCCAAAGGUGCUGAUGUCGUCGAGCUCGACGUCAUUUCGCCCCUUGAGAGCCUCCAGGAAGCUGCGAAGAAGGCUGCUGCGAUCCAUGGUCGGAUUGACGUCCUUGUCAAUAGUGCUGGGUACAUCAUGUUUGGCGCUAUGGAGGAAAACACCCCUCAAGAGACUCUCGACCAGUUCAAUACGAACGUCUUCGGCGCCAUCAACGUUACUCGGGCUGUCCUUCCCUACAUGAGGGAGAAAAAGACUGGGACUAUCGUCUUCGCUGGAUCCAUCGUCGGAUGGGAGAGCUAUCCGUUCGCUGGUAUCUACGCCGCAAGCAAGUGGGCGCUUCGAGGCAUCUCGGAGACACUCCACGAUGAAAUCUCUCCGCUAGGCCUUCGAAGCAUCUGCGUCGACUUUGGAUACUUCCGUACCGCCCUCCUCGAAUCAGACAGGCGGGUGACCAAGCCAACCGCUAUCGCCGACUAUCGAGAGGCUGUCGAGCAAUUCGAGGUCUUCAUUCAAAGCGUGAAUGGGAAGCAGCCCGGGAAUCCACUCAAGGGAGUUGAGGUUGUUGCUGACGUUGUGAGGGGUGAAGGAUCUGCUGCGGGGAAACCCUUCCCGAAAGGACUUGCGCUCGGGACAGAUUGCUAUAAUACUGCAAAGAAGGCGACGGAGGAGGCAGCGAAGCGCUUGGAGGAGUGGAAAGAGGUUUCGUUUAGUACUGAUUUCUGA